ACUUGAGGAAGUUGAUUUGCCUCUUUCACCACAUGGGGUCAAAUUCAGGUUGUCUUAUUUGGUAUCUUUAUCCUAUGAGCCAUCUUGUUGGCCAUAGACUAUUUAGAUUUUUUGGAAUAUCAGAAAGAUGAUAGAGCAUUAUUCUCCAUACCUGGUUCCCUAAUUAGUUAAAUUUUUUUUAUUAAUAUACUUACCUUGGUUUUUGUUUUGUUUUGUUUUUUGCUUGUUGUGAGAUGGUCUUACUCUAUAGCCCUGCGUGCCUUUGCUUCUCAAGUGCUAAGACUAAAGAUGUUCGCCAUCACAUCCAUCUUAGUAAUAUAGUCGUUAUCAGACCUGGUAGAGAUUUGUAUUUCCUGAUUCUCUUGAAGCUUAGAGUAAUACUGUAUUAUCUGUAAUAUCAUUUGGGGUGCUGAGAUAGGAGGAUUGUCACAAGUUUAAGACUAGCUUGGGAGAUGCGGAGCGCCGUUUGGCGCUGGCGUUCAAGCUGGGCUGGGGCUGCCGAGGUGCGGUUGCCGCGGUGCUGAUGUGUGCCGGGAAGGUGGGGCGGAGGCAUGAACCGAGCCACUGAGCGUUAGCGGGCGGGGGGCCGCAGGCAGGCUGAUGGGCUAAGGGAGAGGCGGCGUGUGAGACGGGGUGACGGCAGGGACCAGCCCGGGCGGGGACCGGGACUGGAGCGGGGGGAUCCCCGAGCAGCCGGCUGGUCCGGCUGGAGGGACGGGGUUAAGGUUGCGGUUCCAUCUCAAAGAUCUGAGCAGUCAAGGCCAUCCAUCCUGCGUGGAAGAGGACAGGUGGAAGUGUCCGGAAGCGUGAGCAACCAGCAGCAGGCGUGGGUCCCAGGAAACGGAAGAGUCGAAGGAGAAAGGGAGGUGUGUGUAAGUAGCUGACAGGGCCGAGUGACCCGGAAAGAAGGUCGGUGGAAGUGAAACGAGUGAAGUGUGGCCGGAGAGAAGAAGGUCUGCGGAAGUGGAUAGAGGAUCGAAGGAAAGCGGUGGAAGUGGCCGGGGCCUGGGGCCGGAAGGCAGCGGAGCCGAGCUCAAGCCUGAAGGUGUUUGGAAAUUGGAAGACUUGGUGGCAAACGAAAGUCAGGACCCGGAGUCGGCCUCGGCGAGUGGGAGACGUGUUCGGGAUGUGGGAUCAGAGGUUGGUCAGAUUGGCCCUGCUGCAGCAGCUUCGGGCUGUCUAUGGCAUUAAAGUCAAGGGUGGCCGCGGCCAGUGUGAUCGCAGGAGACACGAAACUGCAGCUACGGAAAUAAGGGGUAAGAUAUUUGGAGUUCCUUUUAAUUCAUUGCCUCAUUCAGUUGUUCCAGAAUAUGGACACAUUCCAAGCUUUCUUGUUGAUGCAUGCACAUCUUUGGAAGAGCAUAUUCAUACAGAAGGGCUUUUUAGGAAGUCAGGAUCUGUUAUCCGUCUAAAGGCACUAAAGAGUAAACUGGACCAUGGUGAAGCCUGCCUGUCUUCUGCACUUCCCUGUGAUGUUGCAGGUCUGCUUAAGCAGUUCUUCCGGGAACUGCCAGAGCCUGUGCUCCCGGCUGAUCUGCAUGAAGCUCUGUUCAAAGCACAACAGUUAGGGGCAGAGGAGAAGAAUCAAGCUACAUUGUUGCUGUCCUGUCUGGUGGCCAAUCCUACAGCUGAUAUAUUAAGAUACUUCUUUAACUUUCUCAAGAAUGUUUCUCUUAGGGCGAGUGAGAAUAAAAUGGACAGCAGCAAUCUUGCAGUAAUAUUUGCACCGAAUCUUCUUCAGACAAGUGAAGGCCAUGAGAAGAUGUCUGCUAACACAGAGAAAAAGCUACGAUUGCAGGCAGCAGUAGUACAGACUCUUAUUGAUUGUGUGGCCUCAUUAAACCUUCAGGUACCCGGAGAGGAGAUCUAG